ACACUCACCACUCAUUAGGCAGGCAUCGCAUGACGCAAGGAACAAUAACAAUAGUCUGUCUAGCACUUACAUAAAUUUACAAUUUGAUCAUACAUGACAAAGGUAACCAGGACUCUAUAAAAGUAAAGUGUACAAAUAAUAAACAGGCACCACAGCUUUUGAGUGAUUUGUUACAUAGUCUAUCAAAUUCGUUAGUGAUAGGAACAUUGUUACUCUAAUCCAUCAUGACAAGUUGUAUUGAAAAUUUACCAGCUUGUGUGUGGUUUGAAGGAGGUGACAAGAGGAAUGCGUUAUCAUCCAUCCUUGCAGGAUUUUUGUUCUUCACUGGUUGGUGGCUCAUGAUCGAUGCUAAUGCCAAAUAUCCAGAAAAUAUCAACGGAGCAUAUCACAUAUGUGGAGUUAUUGGAACUAUAUCCCUAUUUAUGAUCAAUGCUGUCUCUAAUGCCCAAGUGCGAGGGGACUCGUACUCUGGGGGUUGUAUGGGACCACGAGGGGCUCGAGCUUGGCUGUUCAUGGGCUUUGUGCUGGGGUUUGCAGCUGUAAUUGCAUCCUGCUGGAUUCUGUUUGCCGACUUCGUCACAUCCAGUUCUGGCAAACCUUUCUGGGCUGGAACAGGGCUCUUUUUACAAAACCUCUUCAUUUUUGGAGGAUCCUUAGUCUACAAGUUCGGCCGCACAGAGGACCAGUGGGGUUAGGCUGGCAGAACUGUUAGAAUGAGCUGUCAACCUUUGGAUGGAUUAUUAGGUUAUAUCUAAAUGUUUCUGUAAUGGUGUUUUGUAUUGAUAGUUACAUUGGAAACCGUCUAUGUUGUUUCUCAUUUUACUAUAAAAUAUAUGUGACUACUGAUGUUCACAUCUAAAGGUAAAAAAAUCAGCAGUUUUGAAAACUUUCCUCUAGUGUUCACUGAUUUGGAAGAAACAAAUAAAAGAACAUAUAUUCAGAUUUGAUUAUUGCACUGCAUUCUUCUUCAAUAUAAAGAGCAUUUCCAACUGGUUAAGAAAAUUUGCAGUGCAAGCAAAAUUUUUUUUAAUUUAUAUGUUUCUUGUACAAGUGGACCCUAGGAGGUAAGCAAGCCUGCUGACUUCUCUGUCCAUUAAAAAGCUCUUAGCUUUUAGUCCUAAUAAUUCAAACCUAUACACUAAAUUGUAUUGAGUUUGAGAUUAAUAAAAUAAUUCAUGCCCUAACACUUAAAUAAAUGAAACCAUUUCUGAAAAAAGAUACGUUUUAAGUGACAGAUUUCACAGGGCUAUUUGAUUUGGAGCUAUUUCUAGUCUUAUUCUUAUGAUUUUUUUUUAGUUAACUUCAUAAAAAAUAUAAUAAUUUUAAUUUUUUCAUUAAAGAUUUUCUAUAAUAGAAUCGUUUGAAAUUUAUCAUAUUGAUCUAAAUUAAUGUUAGAUAGUCUUAGAUGUAUCACUCAUUAUUUUGUAUAUUUAUUUAUAUUAAUAAAAUAAACUUGUUUCAGUUUA